ACGAGAGCAUGCCAUGCCAGUCACGUUUUCCCACGCUCGCCUCGUGCCUGCCUCCGCUCGCCUGUUGAACGCAGAAAAGCUAAGACGUCUGUUCUGCAAGUUAUUUGAAAGGAAGUAGCCUCACGUGCCACCUUAGGGAGUAUCGUGAGAAAACAACGAAAAGAGCCGAUGGUUACAUGGGAAUGCAAACUAUAGGGAGAUUUUUUUAACGAUCAGCAUGGGUAUUAGAUCUCUCAUAGCUUAAAAGUACUUUCAUUCGAGAGAACGAGGGUGGUAGGUGCUUCAUUCAUACUUAAGAGAGCUCGUUCGAUUUUUUCCUAUAAAAUUUGAUAAGAGCGUGAUUUUAAUAUGGCUGGUAAGCUUUUUUCCUAGGAAAUUUGAUAAGAGCGUGAUUUUAAUAUGGCUGGUAAGCCUGCGAUUUUCUUUAAAACACUCUGCAGUUCUUUUAUCCUCGUGGAUGGAGGUUUGCAUUGCGUGAGAGAAAUGUAUUUCCAGAGAAAAAUCACAAUGGUUCUAGUAAAAGUAAUUUCGGGACCUAGAUCGUUGGUAGCUAUGGUGAGUGUGUUAAGGGCUUAAGUUUAUAAUUACAUUACAAUAUAACUUGAAUUUAACGACUGGGUGGAUAAUGUAAAUAAUUUGCCACUGCGUGUCGCUCCGACGAAGGGAUAAAGCUCGAAACGUCAGCUUUAGAGACUAUUUCGGUGGCCGGCCACUUUACAUUAUCAACUCAACUGAUAAAACCAAAUCACUAUUAAAAUGUGAUAAUCCUUUCAGCCUUCCUGAAACCAUUUUUGAAAGUUAAUAGAAAGUUAAAAUUAUUUUUUUACAUCACAGCUGGAUACAUCUCGCUAAUUUAAACAUUUAGUUAUAAUUAUAGGCUUUUAUCAUAACAUCAGCUUAGUAUUGAAACUUAUCAAUUUAUCCGCCAAUCAAGAAUCUUAAACUUAAAACCUAAUUUUGAAAUUUCAGAUUUAAAUUAUGUCGAAACUGCCCAUGAUAGGACCCAUUCAGUAAAAUCUGUUAGUUACCCCACUGCUUAAAGAAUAUCAAUAAUAAAAAACAUUUAUCACAUCGAAAUUCAAUUACGAUUUGUCAACAUUUUAAGGCUGGAUAACAGUUCGAUUGGGGUAGCAAAUUUCGCUCUUCAUUUCGACUUUAAUGCAUCAAGAAAGAAAGAAAAUAGAUCAUAAAUCCAGUUUUAGGACCUGCUCCAGGCUUAUUUCUAUCCAAUUUUUUUGGUAUUUGCUUCUUUUUCUUAGCUUGGUCAAAGCCACGAGAUCCAACUGGAUUUUAAACACCCCUGCGGUGUUAUCAUAGCAACUUACUUGUCUAGCCAAUCACAACACGUUUCACCUUUCCACGACAUUGUCUCACCUGCUGGACGACCAGCUUACACCUGUUAAUUGGUUAGUUAGUAUAAAAACAGAGUAAAAAAAAUUAGCGCACAGUGAUUAUUUCGCUGCGUCUUGACAAGCAACAAAGCCAAUGAGACACUUGGUUGAUGAUAUCGAAAAUUUCAAAGUAUGGCAGAGGCCACAGGGCCGUUGAAUAUCUCCCUAGAGGAGUCGGUACCAUUUGUUACUAUUCUUACAAUUACUGGAGUGACAUCCAUCGCGGCUAAUUUGCUAAUCGUCGGAAUAACUUGCAAGAAUUCUCAAAGGAGAAAGGUGCAUGACUUGUUCACCUUGCAUAGCAGUUUAGUGGAUUUGCUAACCGCAUCAGUGGUGGUACCAUUCUGGAUUUUGUCCACCAUCCACAGUAGAACAAAUUUCGUGGGUGAUAUCUAUUGCAAAGUCAGCGCUACCUUAGGCCUAGUGGAACUCUUGGCUCCUGCUAUGUUCCUGAUGCUGGUUGCCACCAGCAGGCAUUGUUCAGUUAUCGACAAGAUGGCUUUCCCCAGAAUAUUCAGCGAUUUUAGGUCAAAUAUGAUGGCUGUGAUUGUAUGGUUGUUUUCAUUUUUGAUCAGUAUUCCUCCCCAUGUUGCAUGGCCAGCUUCUCCGGAGAUCCACUGUCUCCCAGAUUUGGUGACUAAUUCUUGGUAUACCACUUCAGUUCUAUCAUUUUGCUUCCUAUUGCCGCUCAGCGCAGCGUUCUACACACACAUUUAUGACAUUUUCAUCUUUCAACCGGAGCGAAUGAAGCGAGAUGACUCAAUGAGGAGACGUUGCGAGAUUUAUGGGCUGCGAGGAAGCGAGCGAACCACUCAGAAAGUAUUUUUUGUGAUUCUUAUCAUUCACACAUGCUGUUGGGCGCCCUACUUAUGCGUGGCAUUGACCCAGGCGAUGAAUGGUGGUAAAACAUAUUACACAGGAAAAUUUCCAAUCCAUUUUGUCGCCUUGGUGGUGGCAUUGACGGGUACCGCGCUUAAGGGAGUUGUCUCGUGCUUUGAGUUACCUGAUUUGAAAGAAUCGAUCAAGAAACAGUUUGGAUGCGUGGAGCAGGAGGAAAGUGAGGGGAAUACGACCAGAAUAUUCGAAGUUUAAGCAAAGAUGUACAAACUUCCGAAAAGCAUUUUGUGGGAGGGCUCAGCCGGAGGUCCACCCCAGGAGUAAAGCGAACAUAUCCGAAAUCAACGGGGUACCACUUCGCUUUCUAUGCUGACAUGCACUUCUCGCCAAAUUCUCGCGUAAUUUCCACAUAUGCAAAAUUUUCUAUCAGGUAAUAUGUGAACUUGGCAAAAUAAGUAGCGUUAGGUAAAUAUUUAUUCUUCAAGCAAAUUGGGAAGUAUUCAAUUAAAUUAUUUUAUUUGUGAAUUGC